CUGUCCACAAUACUAAGCGUUAUCCUUCGCCAUAGUAUAAAAGCAAGUCGUCUUCCUACCUUCCAACCCACCUCAAAGAGAUUAUUCGAGCACCUCAGCAGAUCACACCACCUCACACAAACUAUGCAUUUCUCCUUCCUCACUGCUAUUGUUGCGUUGGCAUCUAUAAUGUCUGUCAGUGCAUGUAGCGGCGCGGGCAGCAGUUGCAGAGCCACGAGUAACUGCUGCGCCAAUCAAGGGUUGACCUGCACUCAAACUGUGGUAGGAGUAGUUUACUUUGCAUCCAGUGUUCACCCAAUGGCUCACCAAAUUUUUGCGCUUUGUAAUAUCAGGUGCAUGGUAAAGUCUGUGUUUUUCAUCCAAGCGAGUGAGCAGGCCGAUUUACACAUAGUGACACAUUGGUGAGUCAUGUUUCCGCUUUCGCAUUGGUGCAGUUGUUGAUCGAGCAAUAUGUAGGAUGCUGCUGGUUGAGAAAUGG